GUUUUGUCUAAAAGCAAAAGCGGCUUUGGUUCCGUAGAUCUGACAUUUGACUUUGUCCCCUCUUCUUCACUCUCACUCGUCUCUUUUUUAUCCCCCUCGCAUUUUCUCCGGCGAGUACGGUCACAUCGGAUAAUUCUGCCGGCGAAUUAGAUGGCGCUGGCGUCGAUCGGCGCGACGCUCUCGUUCAUAAUCUACUUCUCCCUCCCCUGUUCAAAUGCGGCUGGUGAAAACAUCCUCCACCAAUCGCUUCCCGUCGCUGGAUCACGCCGUCCCAUGGUGUUCCCGUUGUUUCUCUCUCAAGCUAACUCUUCUUCUUCUUCGAGAUCCGUGUCUAUUCACCAUCGGAAACUACACGAGGACGACUCAAAACCACUGCCUCACUCUCGGAUGAGACUCUACGACGAUCUUCUUCUUAAUGGUUAUUACACGACGCGGCUGUGGAUUGGUACGCCGCCGCAGAUGUUUGCUCUUAUAGUGGAUUCAGGGAGUACUGUCACUUACGUUCCUUGUUCCGACUGUGAACAAUGUGGCAAACACCAGGACCCAAAAUUUCAGCCGGAAAUGUCUAGCACCUAUCAACCCGUGAAGUGUAACAUGGACUGUAACUGCGACGACGAUAAGGAACAAUGCGUAUACGAGAGAGAGUACGCUGAACACAGCAGUAGCAAAGGUGUGCUUGGAGAAGAUCUCAUAUCAUUCGGCAAUGAAAGCCAGCUUACACCUCAGCGAGCUGUCUUCGGCUGCGAAACCGUGGAGACCGGCGAUCUUUACAGCCAACGCGCCGAUGGCAUUAUAGGGUUAGGCCAAGGAGAUCUCAGUCUCGUGGAUCAGUUGGUGGAUAAAGGCUUGAUAAGCAACUCUUUCGGUUUGUGUUAUGGAGGGAUGGAUGUUGGUGGAGGCUCGAUGGUUCUCGGCGGUUUCACUUACCCGUCUGAUAUGAUCUUCACUGACUCGGACCCUGAUCGUAGUCCAUAUUACAAUAUAGAUUUGACGGGGAUACGCGUCGCCGGGAAGCAGUUGCCGCUGAACUCGAGAGUCUUUGACGGAGAACACGGCGCCGUUUUAGACAGUGGUACGACGUAUGCUUAUCUCCCAGACGCAGCGUUUGCAGCAUUUGAGGAAGCUGUAAUGAGAGAGGCUUCACCAUUGAAGCAGAUCGAUGGUCCUGAUCCAAAUUUUAAAGAUACUUGUUUCCAUGUUGCUACAAGUAACGAUGUCUCUGGACUUUCGAAGAUAUUCCCAUCGGUCGAGAUGAUGUUUAAGAGUGGACAAUCAUGGCUGUUGUCACCUGAAAACUACCUGUUCCGACAUUCCAAGGUACAUGGUGCAUACUGUCUCGGUGUUUUCCCAAAUGGGAAAGAUCAUACAACUCUUUUAGGAGGAAUUGUGGUUCGGAACACACUUGUUGUGUAUGAUCGUGAGAAUUCUAAGGUUGGUUUCUGGAGAACGAAUUGUUCAGAGUUAUCGGAUAGGCUUCAUAUCGAUGGUGUACCACUACCUGCAAUUUUGCCUUCGAAUGUUUCAGAUCCAACCCUUAAUACAUCAAGCAAUCUCCCAGGGGAGACUCAAAUUGGUCAAAUAAACCUUGAUAUUCAACUAACAGUCAAUUCCUCAUAUCUGAAACCUCGCAUUGAAGAGCUCUCCAAGAUAUUCUCCAAGGAGCUCGAUAUCAAAUCUUCACAGGUCUAUCUAUCGAAUCUCACCUCCAAAGGAAACAACUCUCUCUUCAGAAUAGUUGUUGUCCCUACUGAAUCUUCCAGCUUAUUUUCGAACGUCACAGCAACGAGUAUAGUUUCUCGGUUUACGAAUCACCAAAUCAAGCUGCCUGACGUAUUCGGAAACUAUCAGCUCGUUGAUUACAAACUCGAUCCUCCAAGAAAACGGACAAGGUGGCAGAUGAAAAACAUCAUUGUCGUGACAGCAAUUGGGAUCAUCGCUGUAAUUGUUGGGUUAUUAGCUUAUGGAGUUUGGUUGAUGUGGAAACGCAAACUAACAUCAAAUCCAUAUAAACCUGUCGAUGAAGCCAUAGUCGCUGAGCAAGAACUUCAACCUAUAUAAAUAACCUAGUACCUUUAUUUUCAUCUCUUAUAUCAUACAAACUGUUUGGUCUUGUUCAGACAAGAGCAUAUCAUAUGUGAUCUGUCUUAAUGAUCUUUAUUGUUUAGUAAAUAAUGCCAACUUUUUUUUUGUUUUUAAUCAUCAAAAGUCUAAUAUCCUUUUCAUUAAUUUUUUACUCUCGUUACUCAUAUACAUGUAAAAGAUUGUAUAGUGCAGAAAAGUGC